AUGACCAUCGACCUCAUAUUUGGUACAGAAGCGAAGACAUUGUUCCUCCAAAUUGGUGGCCUUGAGACGUGUGCAACAUUAACUCAUCUCCUCUUCUAUAUGAAGGAGUUCAGCCCCUAUAGAUCAUUGUGCUGCUAA